AUUUACGACAUUUCCACCCGGAAUCUUUUCUCAAGCACACACGUUACGAUGGCAACAUGUCCGAAUCUUAAAGAUCCUGACAAUGCUGUAAACGACCCUGGUGCUGCUCCUUACGGAAACUUUAUGAACUAUUACAGCUUUAACCCUCCGGAAAACCGCUUGAGUCUCAUCCCAGCCACGCUCCUGCAGGAUUUAGGCUACAGGGACAGAGGGGACGAGCCCACGCUCAUCCUGGACGUGGGGUGUAACUCAGGGGACCUGAGUGUGGCCAUCUACAAGCAUCUUGUCCCGGAGCCAGAGGAGAGCACAGUUCAGCUUCUGGGGUUUGACUUGGAUGAAACUCUUGUUGAGCGCGCAGAGCAGACCAAUCCUCUCCACAGCAACAUCUCCUUCAUCCAGCUGGACAUCACCGAGGAAACCAACCAGCUGCAAGACUUCCUCACCCAGCACAGCUGCUCCCACUUCCACCUGUGUCUGUGUCUGGCUGUCACCAUGUGGGUCCACCUGAACCACGGAGACUCGGGCUUGCUGCAGCUGCUAUCGCGCCUCGCUUCCAUCAGCACCCACCUCCUGCUGGAGGCUCAGCCCUGGAAGUGUUACCGCUCUGCAGCCCGCCGCCUCAGGAAGCUGGGCCGCUCGGACUUCGAUCACUUUAAGACCCUGAAGAUCCGCGGCGACGUUGCAAAACACGCCACGGAGCAUCUGGAGAGACACUGCGGCAUGGAGCUCAUGCGGAGCUUCGGCAGCACCGCAUGGGACCGGAAGCUGCUGCUUUUUAGACGCAGAUGAGUUUUAUGGAUUUUUUUGGCUUUUAAAACCCCAGUUCUUUGAGAUGUAAACAAACAAAACCAAGGUUAACAGUUUCCGCUUAAAUGCAACAAAGACUACGUAAUUUAACAACAACAAAAAAACAAUCUUAUUGGAGAACACUGAAAAAAAGUGGUAUAAAUGUACCAUGUCGUUUUAUGAUGGGAGUAAGUAAUGCAGAAUUACUCACGACAAUCAAGUGACUCUGACUGACUCCCAAUAAAUUUCUGCUGUUAAA